GCGUGCGUACGAACGCAACGUACGGUUUAAUAUUAGAAUAUUUACUAAGUAUUCGUAAAUAUCAAUAUUCGUUUCGUUAUUACUGGAAUAUUCAUAUUAGUGUUGUGUAUAGGUAUUUCCUUAAUGUUCGCAUAAACUCUAGUGCGAUUGUUGAACACGGACGUAAUGUGUAGUGAACAAAAAUAUAGUUUUUAUACGUUGUGGUGGUAUUGGAGAAUAGAUUCUCUCGAUGUUUGAAUUAUUAAUUAAAUAAGUGAUUAGUGUUGACCUUAAUAAAAUCGAUGAAGGAAACGAUUUAUGAGUUUGUGAAUGAGUAAGAAAAGUGAUUUUAUGGUGUUAUUAAAUUUUUGAAUAGUGAUUGUUUUGUGUUCAAAAUGUUGGCAUCAUCAACUCUAUCGACGAGUUUAAAUCGUCACACAUUAUCGAGUAUGUUCCAGAAACGAUCGACGAGACCGACCAUGGUGACGGGCCGUCCAGAGAAGCCACUGCCGGCGCUGUCGGCUCGACCGCCGCCCCCUACAGCGAUAGUGCCCCGCGCGGCGGACGGCCCCCGCCCGCCAGGCUGGAACGGUCAGCCGCGGAGACACGGAUCCAGCAGGUUUAAUGUACAGCAUCACAAUCAAGAGCUCGUCAAACUACCUCCAAUUAAAGAUGCGCCGGCAGGCGAGCGGGAGCAACUGUUCGUACAGAAACUGCGCCAGUGCUGCCUGCUGUUCGACUUUGCGGACGAGCCGCUGUCUGACCUCAAGUGGAAGGAGGUGAAACGAGCCGCGCUGUUAGAGAUGGUCGAGUACGUCACCUCGCAGCGCGGUGUCGUCACCGAGGCCAUAUAUCCGGAGGCUGUUAAUAUGUUUGCUAUCAACUUGUUCCGUACAUUACCGCCGUCGUCAAACCCGAACGGCGCGGAGUUUGACCCGGAGGAGGACGAGCCGACGCUGGAGGCGGCCUGGCCACACUUGCAGCUCGUGUACGAACUCUUUCUCCGGCUGCUCGAGUCGCCAGACUUCCAGCCAAACGUUGCAAAGAAAUAUAUUGACCAGAAAUUUGUACUACAGUUACUAGAUCUGUUUGACACGGAGGACCCGCGCGAGCGCGACUUCCUCAAGACGACGCUGCACAGGAUAUACGGCAAGUUCCUGGUGCUGCGCGCCUACAUCAGGAAACAGAUUAAUAAUGUCUUUUAUAGGUUUAUCUAUGAGACGGAGCACCACAACGGCAUCGCUGAGCUGCUGGAGAUCCUCGGCUCCAUCAUCAAUGGUUUCGCGUUGCCGCUCAAGGAGGAGCACAAACUGUUCUUACUCAGGGUAUUGCUACCACUGCACAAGGCCAAGUCUCUGUCGGUGUACCAUCCGCAGCUUGCCUACUGCGUGGUGCAGUUCCUAGAGAAGGACCCCUCCCUCACACAGCCUGUUGUCAGGGCUUUAUUAAAAUACUGGCCAAAGACGCAUUCACCCAAAGAGGUGAUGUUCCUGAACGAGAUGGAGGAGAUCCUGGACGUGAUCGAGCCCGCAGAGUUCCAGAAGAUCAUGGACCCGCUGUUCCGACAGCUCGCCAAGUGCGUCUCAAGCCCACACUUUCAGGUGGCGGAACGCGCUCUGUACUACUGGAACAACGAGUACAUUAUGUCCCUGAUAUCUGACAACGCGACGCACAUCCUGCCCAUCAUGUUCCCCUCACUUUACCGCAACACAAAGAGCCACUGGAACAAGACCAUACACGGCCUCGUCUACAACGCACUCAAACUCUUCAUGGAGAUGAAUCAGAAACUCUUCGACGAGUGCACGCAGCACUACAAACAAGAAAAACAAAGAGAAAGGGAGCGGUUAUUGUAUCGCGAGGAGCUAUGGCUGCGGAUAGAGGCGUGUGCGGCCGCCGCCAAUCAGGGCGCCGCGACCACGCCCCCGCAGCCGCAGACCACGCCCCCUGCACUGCCAGCCCCGCCCACAGCGACACAUCCCGCACAUCUAGGGAAUAAUAACACGGAUAGCGCGCGUCGGAUCGACCGCGAACAGACUGAGACGAGAAAGCCAGUAUUCAACAACAGCAGUAAGCCGCUGAUCCGCAAGAAGUCCGAGCUGCCCGCAGACUCGGCCACAGUACACGCGCUGGCGGAACACAAGCGUGCUGACGCGUUCCUCCCCACACCUCCCGACCCUGACCGCUGCUAGCACGCGCCAUCUGCAUACACCUCACACGGGACAAUAUCAACCUUAUAGCGAUAUACUUACGAUUCUAAUUCGCCCGACUGACGCUCCCAAGUCGACCGUUCGGACGAGCGAUAAUCACUUUUAUAGCUAAUGUAUUUAUGGUUCAAAUUUGUCCGAAUGACGCUUCUAAGUAUGAAACUCGGAUAGCGCUCGUCAACUUUGUAGCAAUCGGUCGAUUCCAAAUUGUCCAAUGACGCUUCUAGACGCUGCGUGACGCGGACAAGCGAUUAUCAACUUUAUAGCCAUUAAUAUACGAUAACUUAUUGAUAAUGGAAAUUAUUAAGUCGAUUACAUGUUGAAUAUUAAUAGUAUAUUAAAUACGAGUGCCAGUUUACUGCGUGCAGGUGAUGCUCGGCUCACGUUUAUAGGUCUUUGUUAAAUUUGUACUUAUUUAUACAAGCUAUGUGUGCAUGUAUGGUUGUCACCUAAAAAAUAAGAAAAAAGGAGUUUUUUUUUACUAAAUAACCAACACAUAAACUGCCAGAUAAUAUUAAAUAGGCCCGAAUAUAUACAUAGUAAAAUUAUAUCUGGCAACCCACCGCAGACAGACAAACUAAAAAAAUCUGUUAAAUUUAUAAGUUCAUAUACUUCUGACACCUUUUAGCUCUAAAUCGAAUACACCGUAUUUAAAAUUACAGUAUGACACUCUGAGGCAAAAAAAAAAGAAUUAACUGACACCCCGAAUGCCACAAUAGUAAGGGCAUAAUGUUUAGUAAAGGAUUUGUUUGGAAACAGAAAAAUGCAAUAAAAAAACAGAGUCUUCGUUUAUAAAAGUUCCUUUCUACUAAUAUUAGAAAGUAAAACAAAUAAAUGAGCUUAAAAAGAUUGUGAAUUUCGACAGUUUAUAAAAACAUAUAGUGUUACAAAUUUAUUUGGCUCGGUGACCAAAAGUAUAACUAGAACCUUGUCAUGUCUUUAUUUCUAUAGCCUUACUAUAUUUUCUACCAACUUACUUACCGGGCCGAAUAAGUUUGUCGCACUAUGUCAUAAACUUUGGAAGUUCACAAUUGGUCAGUUACGUUACGAGCGCCAUGUUGCAAGUUGACAUUAACAUAUAGUGAGUUUGCGUUUGUCUGUAUGUAUUAUGUUUUGUAUCGUAGUCACGAGCCUGUAGAAAAUAUUCUGUACUAGGCCUUACAAUGAACUGUUUCAUAUCGACCAAGCGAAGUAGACGAUUAAUGACGUCACGAGUACAGAUAGCAAAAAAAAUAUUUGAUAUUGUACAGUGGGUAUAAAAAACUAAAUAAAAUGAUUGUCCUAACCUAAAACAGAUAAACUUCAAGUUGGUAUGGCGGCCAUAUUUUAAUCAGAAUAAUUAUUUGUGAGGUAAAUAUAUAAUGAAUAGUUAUGGUAUGCUAUUUCAGUAAUAUUUUGGAAUUAUCGAGUUUUAGUUGUAAAUUGUUCGAUUUUAUAUGAAACUAGGAAAUACAGUUCUCGUCUAUUUUGCUUGGUCGAUUCUUACUACUCUUUUUCCUAGAAUUGUAUUUUAUUUAUAUCGCCGUGUAACGUUAUAAGCUCUAUUUCCACUGACGCAUCUGUACAAACAUAAUAUUGAUAAAAUAUGUUAUUGUAUGUUUCGUCAGUGGAAAUACGAUGUACACCGUAUUAAUUAGUUAGUUAAAUAUAAAAUUAUUCGUAAUGUCCGUUUGUUAAUGUUCAACCAUUGUUUAUUAAGCAUUUAUAUUAUCGAGUAAAUAAAUAUUUGUUUUUGACCUCACUUGUCAAAGGCCAAUAUAAAUUAUUAUAACAAAUAAAAAGUAAACUCAUUAAUUUUAUUGAUAAAGUUGCCUAUAAAUUAGUACCAACAUGCACCAAAAAUAUAUCAAAAGUGGUAAUAAAUAUAAAAUAAUGUCUAUAAAUUUUCUUGCCGACUGUACAUUAUCGAACAUUUCAAAGUUAAAAUUAAAAAGAAAUUAAGUGCUAAUAUAUUGAGAUAUCCCCAAAAUGAGACAAAAGUGAAUCUUAAGUGUUUGUAAUAACGUCCAUAUUUGUUCAUCAAUAUCGCAAGUCGAAGUAAACUCCAUUGUAAUUACCCAUCACUUAUGUAAUAUGUUUAUGCAUUAACUGAUUACAACUCGUGUACAAUAACUUGACCAAGUUGAGUGACGUCACAGCGUACAGUCAACAAAAACAAUUCACCAUAAAAUAACUUGACUAACCACUGAUUUCUGACACCAAAAUGGUUGUAUAAAAUAUCGUUAACUCUGUCAUUAUCUUUGAAAAAAAAGAUAUAAAAUAUGUUUUAAACUGAAAUUACGGUAUCAGAAACUCAUGGUAAUUGACACUAAGCUUCAAGGCUUGUAGUUGUGCACUUGAGUGUCAUGUUAUUGUGCUCGGGUUGUAAUUUUAGUGAAAUAUACAGCGGCCAUGUUUUGUCGCUUAUAAUGAAGUAUGAGUAUUUCUUACAUUUUAUAUUUGACACACAAACACCGUAAUAAAAUGUGAUUGUAAAUUAUGUGUUUGUAUAUUCAAUGUACUUAGAAAUCGCUUAUCAGUAUUUAUUUGAUGUUUAAUUUAACAGCAUUUUCGUGAUAUAAUCUGUGAAGUUGACUAUCAUAUAAUUUUGACUGAACUAGCUUUUAAUUAGACACGAAAAAAAAAAUUCAAGCAACACUCAAGCAUAUAUGAAAAACAUUUUUAGAUUUUAUUAAUUUUGACA